AUGCAGUCGGACAAGGGCGCCAACCACAUGAUCAAUAUUAAACUCAAGUACACCCCACGCUGUUGGAAGGUUCCAGCGCUGCCGGGGCCCCAGGAGACCCACGCCUCGGAUGCAAGCAUGGAGCGGGCUCACCGCGAGCCCGCGGCGCGCUCUGUCUUCGUCGACGGCGACUUCAACUUUGGCGACUACGACGAGAUCGACGCCUCCAUGCAGGGCGGCCAGAAACCGGCGCGGCAGGGCCCCGCCUCUGGCGGCCACCCAGCGCGAAGCAGACUGUCACGAGUACGUUCCGGAACGGCUCCGCCAGAACAUUCUGGCGGCAUGUCCUGGCCAGCGUUCGCCCGCCCGCAGUCGGCGACUCAGGCGGCUCGCCUUGCGCGCCACCCUGGCCAAUGGCAAUGGCUGGAGGCGCUGCGAGCUACCGCCGAGCUGACGCCUGGCAGGCCCACCCAUUGGAACACCAGCACGCGCGCGAGCUCAACCAUUGAUCGGACAUUUGCGGGGCACCCGCGGCGGCAGCUCUGCCAAGGCAGGCUGGCGCGCCGAGUGAGAGGGGCGGCGCGCGAGCUCCAUGUCCGCGGAAUCAGCGACCACUCCACGGCUGUGGCCUCGCUGCUCCGCCGCCAGCGCCCGCUGCGAGACGCUGACAUGCCCGCGGCCAUCCCGCGCGAUGUAGUUAGACGCCCACGCUUCAAGGAGAUCGGGGAUGGCUACUCGGGGCAGGUGCACCUGGCUCACAAGGCCCCCACUGACGAGCACAAGUACUUCACGAUUGCCGCCCAGCAGGAGCCUGAGAAUCGGAGGAUGCAGCUGGUCGCGCAGCAGCGAGCCCUCCGUCGCCGCGCGCGACUCUGGGCGCCGCCCAACGCUAGGCGAUGCCUGGCGACGCUGGAGGUCGAAGGCCGUGAGCCCGUGGAGACCGUAGCCAUCAACCGCGCGCCGAGCCAGCACUGGGGCCAAGUCUUCCGCCCCGCGAUCCCGCCCGACGUCGGCGCGCAGCGGCGGAAGGAGCAGCGGGCGCACCUGGGGCGA